AUGCCGCAGAAAGCCCUGACGGAGCUCCAGCUGGAUCUGCGCGGCUUCCCCGGUGGUUUGAGAGCGAGGCGGCGGGCUGGGGGAUGGAGGCAGGGUCCGGGCUGUGAGCUGCUGCGGGGGCGGUGUGGGGGUCGCUGCGCCCCGGGCCUGCUUUGUUCUCCGGGGCUCGUUGUUCCAGCCGACACCGGGGCUCCGGUUCCGGGGGGUUCCGCCGGAUCGGUGAGGCUCCUUUUGUCCGCUCCUCCCCCACCUCUCCUCCUCCUCAUCCCUCCGCCAUGGCUCCGGUCCUCCGGUUCUGCCUGCCUGCUGCUCCUGCUGGUCCUGCCCGCCGUCCGGGGCUCCUUCCCGCAGCGGGGGGACUGCGGCCCCGGGAAGACCUCCGACUGUCCAGACCUGUCAGAGAAGAAGAGCGACCUGAGAGUGUGUGACGCCGGAACGUGUCGAUUUGGAGGAAACUGUAGAGAGAACGGAGCCGACAUCAAGUGUGUGUGUCAGUUCCACUGCCAUAAGAAGUACGUUCCUGUGUGCGGCUCCAACGGAGACACGUAUCAGAACGAGUGUUUCCUGAGGAGGGCGGCCUGCAAGAAGCAGAGAGCCAUCACCAUCGUAUCCGAGGGACCCUGUUACCACGACGGCGGCUCAGGAUCUGGAGAUGGAGAUGACGAAGGCUCCGGUCGUGGAAAAAAGACCUCGAAAUGUGGAAACUGCAAGUUUGGAGCCGAGUGUGACGAAGACUCUGAGGACGUUCUAUAAGAGCAGGAAGGACGACGGCAUGAAAAGCAAACCAGACAUCUACGGUGAGAUCUCUACCUGCAGGUUCCCGCCCACCUUCUCCAGCAGCCAAUCAUAACGCUCCGUGUCCCUCCUCUGUCUUUCCA